AGAUUCUUCACAAGGUUCAAUUUAUAAAAUUAUGUUAAAUUUAUUAAAUAGCAAGGUACGGGGUUGUCCUUGCCGAAAGGAUGUCAUCAAGCGGGAGGAUUUAUAUAAAUACAAACGUAUUUGGAGCUUAUGAUAAUGUAGUUGUUUUUACGGUGGUAGCACUAUGAAAUUCUGUCUGCUGGUGACACUUGUGAUAGGUACGUGCUUGGCACGUCCUGACGUUUCGCAUUUGCCUAAUGUGUAUCUCCCAAGUCAGACUGCCAACGUGAGAAAUCCAGUAUUAGACACCCGAGCUGAUGGGGGUGGGCCUGGAGUCGUCUUAGUAACUCCAAAAGGUGAUGGUGGAAUUUCCGAUUCUAUUUUUUCUAUCGGAGGUGAAGGAAGUACUACGCCGGUACCUGAAUACAAUUUGGACAAUUCCGGAACUGGGUUUUCUCAAAGCAUUUUUAAUAUCGGUCCAUCCAGCCCGGCUCCUAGUGCUUCAAGUGGCGGCGAUCUGUCCGGUUCUGCCGCCGUUCCCCAAGGUGCAUCCCGUCUUCCCACUGGAAGUUACCUCCCUGACUCCGGUAUCAAGGUCAUCGGGUCUGAAUCCAGCGGUGGUGACGGCAGUUACAUUGGCUUACCGGGUAGCGGCGGUGGGCAACAAGCAGGAUCGGACCGAAGCGUAUACUUCUUCGCCAUUCCCGACGACGAGACUCAAUCUCGUCUUCGAAUUAACAUCCUCCCAUCGACCCAUUCGAGCAACCGGGUAAUCUUCAUCAAGGCGCCAAGCUAUGCGCCUCCAAUUCCCGAAGUGAUUUCGGCGCCUUCCACAUCAGACGAAAAAACAGUCAUCUACGUGCUUUCGAAGAAACCACAGCCGGCCUCUCCCAUCAGCAUCCCCGCCUCGGCAAUUGUUAAGCAGACCAAACCUCAAAUCUUCUUCAUCAAGUACGGUUCCAGAGCAGAGGCAGAGAACGCGAUUGCAAGCGGACUUAAGGGCAAUCUCGUUGGCGGCGGACUGCAAGAUCUCCAAAAUGAGCAAUCGUUUAUCAAAGCUAUACAAGAAAUGAAGGGCGGAAUUAAAGGUACAUUCGGACCGGCUGGCCAAAGUGGACCAUACUUUUAAAGGGAGCUAAUUUGAUCGUGCCUGUACAUACCAGGGGUAUAUUUUCCAUUAAUUUACCACCUUAUUUAUAUAUUUCCUUUCUUUAUACUUUCGGAGGUUGUGACACAA